AUGUUUGUCAUCAACAAGCCGGAGGUGUUCAAGUCGCCGGCGUCGGACACGUACAUCGUGUUCGGCGAGGCCAAGAUCGAGGACCUGGGCCAGCAGGCGCAGGUGGCGGCCGCCGAGAAGUUCAAGACGCCGGAGGUGAACCCGACGGCGGAGGCGCCGGCGGCCGGCGCGGCCGUGCCCGACGCCAUCCAGGAGGCAGUCAUGGAGGAGGCACCGGGGAGUGCACAGGGCACCGGAGUGCACGGACCAUCGAGUCCGACCGAGGAGUGCACAGGACACCGGAGUGCACGGAACAUCGAGUCCGACUGGGCGGAGCGCAGAGGACACGGCAGUGCAUGGAGGAUGGAGUACGACGGGAGGAGCGCGACGGGCAGCAGCUGA